ACGUUGCUGACGUCAGAGGACAUCCGGUCCGUCUCUCAGUACCCUGAAGCUGCUCGGUCCGCCUUCCGUGGGUUUAGUAGCGUUUCCCCACCCGGAGUCGUGGUCCAGGAAUAGAAUCUGGUGCUGCUGCGGGCCGGCCUCACGCUAUCCCUACCCCUCGGCCCCCGGAGUGAGCCCGGCCUCCCUGCGAGGAAAGGGAAAAUGCCUAAAAAAAAGACUGGUGCGAGGAAGAAGGCAGAGAACCGCCGGGAACGUGAGAAGCAACUAAGAGCAUCAAGAAGCACUAUUGACUUAGCUAAACACCCAUGCAAUGCUUCAAUGGAAUGUGACAAGUGUCAGAGGCGGCAGAAGAAUAGAGCGUUUUGCUAUUUUUGUAAUUCUGUACAGAAGUUACCAAUUUGCGCACAGUGUGGGAAAACAAAGUGCAUGAUGAAGUCUUCAGACUGUGUCAUAAAACAUGCUGGUGUCUACAGUACCGGCCUCGCAAUGGUGGGUGCAAUAUGUGACUUCUGUGAAGCUUGGGUUUGCCAUGGUAGGAAGUGUCUCAGUACACAUGCCUGUGCCUGCCCACUUACCGACGCCGAGUGUGUGGAAUGUGAACGGGGUGUCUGGGACCACGGAGGGAGAAUUUUCAGUUGUUCUUUUUGCCAUAACUUUCUCUGUGAAGACGAUCAGUUUGAACAUCAAGCCAGUUGCCAAGUUUUAGAGGCGGAAACAUUUAAAUGUGUUUCUUGUAAUCGACUGGGUCAACAUUCCUGUCUCCGUUGUAAGGCUUGUUUCUGUGAUGAUCACACAAGGAGCAAGGUGUUUAAGCAAGAAAAAGGAAAACAGCCUCCCUGCCCUAAAUGUGGACAUGAGACUCAGGAAACUAAGGAUCUUAGCAUGUCAACGCGCUCCCUGAAGUUUGGCAGGCAGGCUGGAGGUGAUGAGGGCGAUGGAGCCUCUGGGUAUGACACGUAUUGGAAGAACCUUGCCUCUGAUAAGUAUGGUGAUACCAGCUACCAUGAUGAGGAAGAAGAUGAGUAUGAAGCAGAGGAUGAUGACGAGGAGGAAGAAGAAGCUGGAAAGGAUUCAGAUGCCGAGUCAUCAGAGUUGUUUACUAACUUGAAUUUAGGAAGGACCUAUGCCAGUGGCUACGCCCACUAUGAGGAGCAAGAGAACUAGGAGGGCUGCCUGCCCAUAGAUGACCUUGUCUGAGGAGCUGGAAGGUGUGUGCCCGACAAAUCGUGCAUGGAUGUUCAAGAGCACAAGCUGCCACUUAAUGUUGUGUGAGAGACGAGUCACACUUCCAGGGACAAGGAGUAGGGCGUAGCGUUUUCAUAGGAACUGAUGAUCAGGCCUCUAGCAGAAGAAAAAUGAAUUUCAAAUUUAAGGUGUUUAUUGAUCCAAGCAAUUGAACUAUCAUGGAUUGGAUUUUUACUGAUUUCAGUAACCUAGUAAGUAGGUUUGCCAAUUAAAUACAUAUAUAGGAUAAAGGAAUAGGAUGGUAAUAUAUUUGUUUGAAAUUAAAUUGCUGUUUUUAUUAAAAAACACUGCUUAUAAAAUCAUUCAGUCUGAUUUUAUAAAAUAUAAUGGGUAAAUGAAUUAUUGUAUUUUUCCUUGUUUGUCCACAGGAUAAAAAUCAGAUGUUUUAUGCUAAAUUUUCAUUAAAUAUUCACAAUAUCUUAAGUAGCUAAAUGUAUUUUUUAGCAAUUGACUCAUUCAUUUCUUUCUUCGCACUCUAUGUCCUAUGUAGUACUUCCUUUUAUUGUCUAGAUGUAUAGACAAAGGUGACUAUAUAGCCAUUUUUCAGAGACACAGAAUCAUUAUUAUUUCACAGAUGUUUUACCCAGGAAAUUCCAUUUUUCUUUGAAUAAAUCUAGCAUUUCACUUAA